AUGCCCGGGAUGGUGGUGUUUGGCCGGCGCUGGGGGAUCGCCAGUGAUGACCUCGUGUUCCCCGGCGCCUUUGAGCUGUUCGUCCGUAUAAUUUGGUGGAUCGGCACCCUGAUCCUGUACACGCUUCAUAAGGGCAGUUUUGACUGCAGCGGCGGUGGUGUUCUCCACAGCUACCUCGUCGGACUUUUGGUCUUGCUGGCACUGAUCAUCCUGUCACUGUGUGCUAUUGUCUACGUCAGUGCGCAAGGUACCAUCAUGAACCCUGGCCCACGGCGCUCCAUCCCUGCGCUGGUGUACCUGCGAGCGCUCCUCUACAUCCCUGAGCUGGUGUGGGCCUGUCUGGGGGCAAUGUGGGUGUCCGAUGACAGCCAAGGCUGUGAUCCUGCCACGGUGGGCGCUGUUAUUGCAGCGGUGGUUGCCAGCUGGGUCAUACUGCUCUUCACGGUGUUGGGGGUGCUGUUUGUGUUUGACCCACUUGGGGAUCCCCGUCCUCAGCCUCCUGCCAUAGAGCAGUUGGGCGUGCGAGACCUUCAGAGCAGCGAGGGCAGCCAGUUCCUGUUUACAGCUCGCUCCCUGGCCACUAAGGUGUGGGAGAGCAGGCUGCGGCUGCUGUGCUGCUGCCUGCCGCAGGACGAAAGUCACAGGGCUGCCUUCUCCAGCAUCGCCCAGCUCGUCAGUGGCUUCUUCUCUGACACAGACCUGGUUCCCAGUGACAUCGCAGCUGGUUUGGCUCUGCUUCACCAGGAGCAGGACAAGAUGGAGCAGUGCAGAGACCCAGAUGAUGUAGUGAUUCACAGCCCCUCUUCCCCCAUUGGUGAGGAUUUUGAGAUGGAGUUGGAAAAAGCAGCCCACUGUAUGCAGUUUGCUGCCGCAGCCUAUGGCUGGCCACUGUACAUUUACUCCAACCUCUUUACUGCUCCCUGCAAACUCAGUGGAGACUGCUGCAGGAGCCAAACCGCUGAGUAUGACAUUGUUGGAGGAGACCAUCUCGGCUGUCAUUUCUCAUCGAUCCUGCACAGUACAGGUCUGCAGUACAGAGACUUUAUCCAUGUCAGCUUCCACAACCAGAUCUAUGAGAUCCCCUUCUUUGUGGCUCUGGAUCAUAAGAGAGAAGCCGUUCUGGUGGCUGUCAGAGGAACGCUGUCACUCAAGGAUGUCCUGACCGACUUGUCUGCUGAAUGUGAGAACCUGCCUGUGGAGGGAGUGUCUGGAGCCUGCUAUGCUCACAAGGGCAUGUCGCAGGCAGCCGGUUACAUCUAUAAGAAGCUGGUCAAUGAUGGCAUCUUGAACCAGGCUUUCUCCAUCGCACCGGAGUAUAAACUGGUCAUCACAGGCCACAGUCUGGGUGCAGGCACGUCUUCCCUGCUGGCCGUCCUAUUACGCAAUUCCUUCCCCACCCUGCAGUGCUACUCCUUCUCUCCACCAGGGGGCCUCAUGAGUAAAGCGUUGGCUGAUUACUCUAAGGACUUUGUGGUUUCUGUUGUCCUGGGGAAGGACCUGGUGCCCAGAUUAAGUAUCCCUAAUAUGGAGGAUUUGAAGAAAAGGAUACUAAAAAUGGUGUCAAACUGCAACAAGCCCAAGUACCGCAUCCUGCUGCAGGGUUGUUGGUACGAGCUGUUUGGAGGUGACCCGGACGACUUCCCGACUGAGAUGGACAACAGGAGGGAAGAGGAGCUGAGCCAGCCGCUGCUUGGGGAGGAAUCACUCAUCAUUCGCCACUCAUCGUCCUAUCAAAGCCUGGCUUCGGAGGAUUCCCCCGCCCACACUCCUGCCCACCUACCCCUCUUCCUGCCUGGUCGUAUUCUGCACAUCACAGAAGAAGGACCGUCUCGGAGGUCCUGUUUUUCCCAGGCCAGAUACCGGGCCGAGUGGUCCAGUGAAAUGGCGUUCAGGAGCAUUUUGAUAAACCCAAGGAUGCUGACAGACCACAUGCCGGACGCUGUGCUGCACGCACUCCGCAGUCUGACCAGCGACAGGUCGUUCUCCCUCUGCCCGUCGUCAACAACCAACAGCCAUCAGAAUGUAAUCUGAAAUGUACAGCACAGACUGUCCUCCUCAUACCUGCUGUCACAGCCCCUAUCUUUUGUCCACUUCUCUCUGUGUGUAAGCCACUCUGCUGUUUUGGUCUGAAAGGAUCGUCUGAAAUACUAAUACACCCAGCCUGUGAUCACAGCCCCUCUCCUUGUUUUGGGUCCAGGCCUGAUCCUUCAGCCUGCUCUCAAACCCAGACAUUUGGAACAUGAUUGUCAUGAAAGAAAUGAAACCAUGGAGAUUCACCUGUCACGAUCUCUAUAAAUGAAUCUGACUCAUUAAGACAGACCACUGUCUCUCGUGGACAUGGAUGUUGAAUUGCACUUUUAAUUUAAUUUAAUGCAUAGGAUUUAUUGAUAUUUUAUUACUUUCAUAUUGAACAUAAUGCCAUGAUCAUUGAAUGUGCUUUGUGUACAAAGUUAGAUAGUGAUGCAGUUUUACUGUAAUUUCCGUGCUCUGCAUUUUUCGUUGGUAAUGCUGGUAGAGGCGUCCCUUGGUCACUGAUACAGUGACAGAAACGGUCUUCCUCAUCUGUGGAAAGGUCUGAUCCAAGAUGUGAGUGAGGAUUGAAGGUCAGUGUGUACCUCAAACCUGACUUUAACAGUGUUAUGUGUUUGUAGCAUAGUAAGUGUGGUUUGUUUAUUUAAGUUGUUGAGACUUUGAAAAUCAGGGUGAAUAGUGCCUAUGCAUCACAGAAGAACAAGUCAACAAUAUUGCUUUACAGAGGAAAAAUGCUGAAUGCAGUGCAUUGACAAGAAUGUUUCUCCUGCAUUUUCUACAGUGCAGUUUGAGAAGUGCAUUAUGUUCAACAUAAAAGGGAUGGGUGUUACGAGUAAAAAGACUUACUUGCUAAAUUACAUUUUGUUGGAUACUGUUUACUUCCAAUGGAUAUUACAUGUCAUUUGAUCAGGUGAUAUAUAAACGUGGAAUCAGCUGUCUGCAUUGUCACAUCCUGAAUAGAUUACCGUGGACUCCUUGAUGCAAAUAAAGCAUUUUAUGAAGCACA